UAAACUUUAACCUUUCCCCUAUUUAUCCGGAAGAUAGUGAAAUUUCCAAGAAUAUUAUGCAUGAUCAAGUGGCUACAAUCUUUUCUAUGAUCUGAAGACAAUCUUACUUUAUAUAUGUACGUGGGGAGUCUAUCAAAUGACAUUUUAGCUAUUUGUACUUUCUCCAGAAAUUAAGCAACUUCCUAGAUUAACGCUACAGUAACUAUGGCGACGGGUGCCAACACUACACCAAUUUCUCGUCUACAUCCUAUCCUUGCAGCCAAAAUGUCCGGAAGUGAUGGAGGAAGUAAGGACCCAGAGCUGCAGAAACACCUCCUAGCAGCCAAAAGAGCAGCGUCAGCGCUUUUCCCUGGGGAUCAGCCUAAGAAGAAGGCACGCAAGAGUCGUUGGAGUGAGGAGAGCACUAAGAUGGUCCUCCCUGGUCUGCCCACCGUCCUGCCCGCUAACAUGAAGGAGGACGAACAGAAGCUCUAUCUGAUGCAUUUAAAGAUUGAGUCUAUUAGCAGACAGCUGAGGACGGGAGAGUUUGACCUUUCACUGGACCCUGCUGAAAGGUCCCCGUCCCCGGAGCCUAUCUAUAGCCACGAUGGUAAGAGGCUUAACACUCGCGAUGUUCGUGCGAGGAAGAAGCUGGAGGAGGAGAGACACGAGCUAGUGCAGCAGGCCACCAACCUCAACCCAGAGUACAGGCCACCUGUAGACUACAAAACGCCCACUAAGAAGUUUGAGGACAAGGUAUUCAUCCCCCAAGAUGACCAUCCUGAGACCAACUUUGUGGGUCUGCUCAUCGGCCCUCGAGGACACACACUCAAGCAACUGGAGAGAGAUUCUGAGACCAAGAUAAUGAUCCGUGGUAAGGGGGCAACAAAGGACGGGAAGGUGGGACGCUCCCUGCUCCCUCAGCCAGGCGAGGACGAACCACUCCACGCACUAAUUACAGGGUACACCCCCGAGACCGUCAAGAAAGGCGUUGAUCUGAUCAAUAACAUCAUUCAGAGUGGCAUAGAUGUUCCGGGUAACGACAACGACCUGAAGAAGUUGCAGCUGCAACAGCUGGCAGAGCUCAAUGGAACCUUCAAACCUCUCGACAUAAUCAAGUGCCGUAACUGUGGUAUGUCAGGACACAGAGACUGGGAGUGCUCUACUGGCACCAACGUCACCUCUAGUGUCAUCUGUGAGCGGUGUGGGGGCGGGGGGCACAUUGCAUCAGACUGCAGGGUCGACUUGUCUACCGUUGCUCCUAGUGCCACUACUGUCACUGACAAAGCCAAGAUGGACAGUGAGUAUCUGUCUCUGAUGAAGGAGCUGGGAGAGUCAGUACCAGGGUCUGCAAAGCCAGCCGCCAAACCUAGUGGUGAUAAUAUGAUGAAUAGGAACCGCCAUCACCACUCUGGUAUGGGCUCUCAGCCUCCCUGGAUGCAGAACCCUAUGAGACCACCUCUCCCUGGGUUUCCAGGACAAAUGCCAAUGGGACAACCCUUCAUGCCUCCAGCAGGCCACUUCCCUAUCCCCUGGGCCAUGCCUCAAGCCCACGCUCCCCUCCUGCCAAUACCACAACCAGCGAUGGGUGCUCAGCUGCCUACUGCCGUGUCCAGUGCAGACUCUGCCCCUCCCACCUCAACUCAACCAUGGCAACAAGCAGUCUCACAAGGUUCAGCACCAUGGCAACAAGCGGCCAUGCAAGUUGCAACACCAUGGCAACAAGCAACCUCACAAGUUGCGACACCAUGGCAACAAGCGACCCCACAAGUUGCAGCACCAUGGCAACAGGCCCCUCCUGGAAUGUUCCAGCCUCCUAUGAUGAGUACUCCUGCUCCUCCCCUCCCGGCUGGAGCCCCUCCCCCUCCCCCUCCUGAACAGGCAUGGAGCACGGCUGCCCCACCCCCUCCUCCGCCACCACCAUCAGACUCAACGUCAUGACAGUAAUAUGGACAUUGUUAUAGCCUUUAUAUACAAUGUUAACCCACAUUGGUUGCUUCUCUUUCUGUCUUUGUAUAUUUAAUAUAUGUACGUGUACAUGUACUUCUUACUGUAUUGUUGAAGAAUCAUACUGUUUGCUUGACUGAUAUAAUAA